GCCUCUUUAAAAAAAUACCUCGAUCGAUUGAAAAAAAAAAAAAACACAUUGCAUCUAAUUGAUAAUGAGCGAUACCGACAGCGACGUUUCUGAACUCGACCAACGCGAAUUAAGCGAAGCUGUUGCUGCAGACAAAUGGGUUUCUCAGCUCGGUUAUUGUGAAGAUCCCGAGACACCGUUAACAGCAGACACCUUUCCUAGUAAAUCGGGUGGCAAGCCUGCAUGGUUGAAUCCUGAGCAUGUUCUCGACGUUGAAAAUGCCACAUGUGGUAAUUGUAGUGAACCCUUGAUUCUUUUAUUACAGCUGUACACACCCGAAGACGAGCCUGUAGAAGCAUUCCAUCGUGCUGUCUAUGUCUUUUGCUGCAAGAACGGCGGCUGUCACAAGCAAGAUUGGACACAAUGUUUCAAAGUAUACCGAAGCCAGCUGCCUCGCGAUAACCCUUACUAUCCACCACCAGAAGACGAGGACGAAGAACAAGACGACGUCGCAAUUGAUUUUACACCAAAGCAUUUCACGCCACCUAAAGAAUGUGUUAUCUGUGGCAUGGCAGGCACCAAAGCAUGUGGCAAAUGUCAAGCAGCAUACUAUUGCUCGCGCCAACAUCAAUUAGUCGAUUGGAACAGCUGUGGACACAAGCAAUACUGUAACAACAGCAACGCAAAAGAACAAACAAAGCUACGUGCUGCUCGUCUGUUUACUGAGAUGGAGAUUGUCAGUGAACCCGAAGGACAAGGCGAGGAUGGAAAAGAGGAAGAGGCACAAAAGGAGCACACGUCGAAAGAAACGGGCGAAAGAUCCAACGAAACGGCACUCGCACUGCGAGGCGACGAAGCCUAUGAGAACUCGGCGGUGGACGUGGAUCAAGCGUUUCUCAAAUUCCAGCUCAAGCUUGGCUUGUAUCCGGACCAGGUCGUUCGUUAUGAACGUGUGGAAUAUGACAUGCCCGACCGAGAACCGUUGUGGGUGCAACAGGGCUCAAAGCCAUCGAUGGUGCCGGCGUGUGAUCGAUGUGGUGGACCACGGACAUUCGAGUUCCAGAUCUUGCCAACAUUGCUCAACUACUUGGGCAUCUCCCACACUGCGGAUGAUUCGUUGGAUUGGGGCUCGUUGUAUGUAUAUACGUGCAAGCACAACUGUUCAAUCAGUCCAGAGGUGUUUGUGCCAGAGUAUAUCUGGAAGCAGGAUUUCACUGCUGAGGGCAUGAAAUUAUAGUGGAAUUUCCUUUUCUGCUGUAAUUUGUUAUACUCCUCUCCCUCUCUCUCUCUCUCUCUCUCUCUCUCUCUCUUUGCGCCAUCUCAUACAAUAUUCUCAUACAACACACAAACACAUACACACGCAUCACUUGUAGCUAGUACUAAAUAGUAAAAUACAUAUCAUAAUUACAUCUUUCCUACACCCUCCCCCUUCCGCACCCAACGCAUGCUUUCUGUUUAGGUUUUUGGGGGUUUGAUCUCAAUAUUAUGCAUCCACAAAAAAAAAAAUAAACUCAGCAC